UCGACGACAACCGCUGACGUGUUCGGGAACGUUUCGUCGCCUCGCGUUGAUUCACGGACGCGUCGGCCAUUUUACACAAUACUUUCACCGAACUGGUCCCAAUGAAAUAAUCGUCCGUAGCAGUUUAUUCCCGAUGAACGGAGUAAAUGAGGAAGACGGAAUCUUUAGCACAGCUGUCCUUGAAUGCAGAGCUUGUAUGAAGAACUGUGACUGAAUUGUCGGACAGCAAUGGGCAAAUGCAAGGUGCCAGAUCUCUACAGAGCCCCUUUUCCCUUGUACUCCAUAAAAGUUGACCCUAAAGCAGGGUUAGUGGUCUUAGCCGGAGGAGGAGGGUCAUCCAAUACUGGCAUCAAGAAUGGUGUGCAUUUCCUGGAUCUACAGUUGGUUGGGGAAAACCAGUACAGUGCCAGUUUGGUUCACUCACAUGACACUGACACACGUGCCACCAUGAAUUUGGCCUUAGGUCAGGGUGUGAUUGCUGCAGGUCAAGAUGGAACAUGCUCUUUGAUGACAUUUGAAGAGUGCACACAGAAAAGUGAAAGCAAGGCUGCUGCAAAUGAUGAAAACAAUGCGCAAAAAGGCUAUGCCAGGCAGCGAGUUGGGAAAAGAAACAUAGGUGGAAAGGAUGAUGCUGCUUUUUUUGGGUCUGAUACAAAGGAUGAGACGGCACACAUCUAUGUUACGAGACUGGCUGAUCUGCAGUCAGAUCUCAACCCUUUGGACCCACUCCAAAAAGUGGUCAGAUUUAGUCAUGACCUCAGCCUACUCCUUACAGGAGGCACAGAUGGACACAUCAGAGUCUGGGAGUUUCCAUCCUUGAAGAAAACGCUUGACUUCAAAGCACAUGAAGGAGAGAUUGAAGACCUGGAUCUGAGCCCAGGAAACAAGCACCUGGUUACUGUUGGCAGGGACUUUACUUGCAGAGUAUGGCACCACAACCAGCAAGUUAUGGGUCUUAAAUGGUAUGAAACCAUUCCUCAGAUAUCUGAAAAGACGUAUCGGUAUAUGGGUUGCAGAUUUGGGAAGGUAGAAGACCAAAAGGAUGUACUGAGGCUAUACACAGUUCAGAUCCCUCAUAAACGAGACCGAAAACCUCCACCUUGUUACCUCACCAAGUGGGAUGGCAAGAGUUUCCUGCCCAUGUUGACAGCUCCCUGUGGAGCAGAGGUCAUCUCAAGCCUUGCUGUCAGUGAUUCUGGAACAUUUCUUGGACUGGGAUCUGUAACAGGAUCAGUUGCUAUCUACGUUGCUUUCUCCCUUCAGAGGUUGUAUUAUGUGAAGGAGUCUCAUGGAAUUGUUGUGACAGACCUGGCUUUUCUCCCUGACACAUUCAAAGGCCAAAAUAUCAAAGGAAACAAUGAAACAGCCAUGUUUAGUGUGGCUGUCGACAGUCGCUGUCAAAUACACGCUGUCCACAACCGAAGAACAUUACCCUUGUGGCUGAUGCUGUUCUCCUGUGCCCUUGCCGUGGUGGGAAUUGUUCUGCUCAUCCAGCAUCUCUUUCCAGGCUUUCUUUGAAUAUUUCAGCAUUCUCACAAAUUAUUCAUUGAGGAGCACGAACACAUUUUGCAGUCUUCAGUCCAUCCAACACAUCCAAACCACUGAUCUUAAACCGUUUUUUAUAGUGCCCUAACAUUUUUCCCUAUGCACCUUACUCAGGGUUGUUCAUCUCAGAUGUUAGCACAACAUGGAUGAUCAAAAUGGGAUUUUAAUUGACCCCUCUGUACAGGGCACUUAACCACGCCUCCUGAAGUGACGUCACGUCACGUGCGCCUACGUCAGACAAAUUAGCAAAAAGGCCGGGACAGCAAGAAAAGAAUAGAGCGAAACUGUCCGAUUUACCGGCUGAUUUCUCACUCGCAUUCUUAGCUAACAGUGAAAUAUCGUUGAAAAGCAGACAGCAGGGCUUCAAGUAUUUCAGCGAGGGGUAUUUCAAUGGUAUUUACAUGCAUGUCGACGGAGAAACCAUUGGUAUUAGCGCGAGAUCUUUCCAGAGUCAAAGGAAGACCGAGAAGUCACUUAAUAUAAUAUAUUAUAACCCAAAGACGAAUUUGUAAUUGAGAGUUUCCUAUUUUCGUGUUACAUAUCACACUUGUGUGCAGAAUCUAUAUGUAUCUGUAUAGCCGUUUGUGAACCGCCGUAUGAAGGAAAAAAAGAAGGCAAGGCUUGAUUUACGAGUUGUUUCUCUCGUUUUCUUUGUGUAACGUCACGCGCUCCCCUCAAUAAUUAUUCUUGAAUUAGUGCCGAACCUACGUAAGUCCCGACCGAGUACGACAAUCACUACUUUAGUGUCCUCAAACAUCCUUCCUUCAGUCUUGGUGUGUCGGUGCCCGUCGAAGGCUUUUAGGACUGCUAGUCCGGUUUAGCUUAGCUCAUUACCGGCGAACAAAGGGACACGUUUGUGCAGUCAGAUCAUCGCAAAAUAUCGCUCAACACAGAUCAAGUGUGUCAAUCAUUCACACUUAGCUAUGUUAUGCAAGCGAAGAACUGCUAAUUCAUUUAUAUGAGACAUGUAUUGAAAAUCAAAUAUAGGGCAUACCUUCGUGCAAACAAGCAAAGUCCGGAUAAGCUUGGCUCGGGAGCGCCGAACAGAGACACGUUUGUGCAGUCAGAUCAUCGCAAAAUAUCGCUCACAGAUCAAGUGUGUCAAUCAUUCACACUUAGCUAUGUUACGCAAGCGAAGAACUGCUAAUUCAUUUAUAUGAGACAUGUAUUGAAAAUCAAAUAUAGGGCUUACCUUCGUGCAAACAUAUCUGUUCCAGUUGAUGGAUUCAGUUGAUCAUGCGGUCUUCCACAAAGUUUGAUCCAUCGAAGACAUUUUUCGUACUUGGUCUUCUGUUCCGGUUGAUUUUAGAUGGAUUCAGGUGAUGAUGCGGUCUUCCACAAAGUUUGAUCCAUCGAAGACAUUUUUCGUACUGAGUCUUCGGUUUUGGAAAGGGUACUUUCACCAACUAGCCUUUCAGGAUACCUGUCGUCACUAUUAUAAAGUCCGUGACUACACCUCUUAACCAUAUCUAUUGUUAAAGAACCCAAAUACGCGAUAAAACGCUAACAAAAGCUAUACUGGACCAUACAACGUUGUCUGAGGAAACUGCGGGUCCAAAAAAGGGACGUGGUUUAUGUAGAUCUCUGGCCUCUGAUUGGUCAGCGACGCGGACGGCGCAAUUUCUACGGAGGGGUCAAUUCUUUUGAUUUUUAUCAGUGAUGACAUUUCUUGGGAGUUAUGUUGAAAGCCACAUUUAAUCUUGAAUGCUCAAAGUAUGGGAACCUCUUGAAAGAAUAUUUAAGGAUCCGUGCAACUGUAUGAAUGAUUGACACAGACAAUGAUGUCUUGAGAUACGAGCGACCCGACUUCAAUUUUUUUUGCUUUAACUUGGAAAACGAUCACUGUCUGGUGGCAGUAAAUUCAAUUGAGCUCACGUCACAAUAAGCUGUAUCUUGGUAAACUGUGCAAUCCAUAUCAAAAGAGGCUUCAAGCUGUGAAAGGUCAGAGAACAAAGAUGUAAAACAUUUCUUAACUCAAACACUCUUUUAGAAACCACAUUCCAUUUCGAUGUGAUUAUAGAGCAGAUACAGUGGGCAUGGAAAAUAUUCAGAACCCCUUUUACUGUUUUGCGGCCAUUUAAAAUAUAAGUUCAUUUUUCCCUCAAUUUAUACAGAGUACCCCAUAUUGGCAGAAAAAAAGGAAUUGUUAGUUUUUUGCAGGUUAAUUAAAAAAGAAAAACUGAAAUACCACACAGUCACGAGUAUUCAGAAGCUUUGCUGUGACACUCAUAUUUAACCUGGGUGAUGUCCAUUUCUUACGAUCAUCCUUAAAAUAGUUCUACACCUUCAUUGGAUUCCACCUGUGUUUUGAUUAUACUCAUUAUAGUCAUUGGACUUUAUUAGGAAAGCUACACACCUGUCUAUAUAAGACCUUACAGUUCACAGUGCAUGUCAAAGCAAAUGAGCAUCAUGAGGUCAAAGGAACUGCCAGAAGAGCUCAAGGACAGAAUUGUGGCAAGGCACAGAUCUGGCCAAGGUUAUGAAGAAAAAAAAAUCUGCUACACUUCAGGUUCCUAAGAACACAGUGGCCUCCUUAAUCCUUAAAUUGAAGACAUUUGGGAUAACCAGAACCCUUUCUAGAGCCGGGUUAACUGGCCAAACUUGCCAAUUGGGGAGAAAAGCCGUAGUGAGAGAAGUAAAAAAGAAUUCAAGGAUCAUUGUGGUUGAGCUCCAGUGAUGCAGAGGGGAGAAAGUUCUGGAAAGUUAACCAUCACUUCAGCUCUCCACCAGUCUUUAUGGCAGCGUGACCCGACAAUCCUCACUUGCAGUGGAAGUGGUCCCCCUCUUUUGUUAGUGAUUGUCCGGUGUGACGGUCUGAGCGCUCCGACGUGCUGAAAAGUCCUUGUGAUUAAUGCACAUGUGUUAACUAACAGGGGAACUCUGGGUAUGUAGCAAACGCUUACUGGAACAUCUGGUCUCACAGUUCCCCUUCUUCUACAUAGAGGGUCCUAACAUAUGUUAUAACCUAACCUUAAAACAAAAUUGAUAAAGGAUAUACACCUAUAUGUACGUUCACUGUGUUCGUCUUUCUGAGACGUCCAUUGUGAACAUGAACACUCGGCGACAAGUUGUUGAAUGGCACAUGUUGAAGCAUGGAUGAGGAUGUUUUAGAAUGGCCGGAAGUUUAGAAAAUAUACGCGCAUGCAUGUAUGUUAAUGCGCAUUACUCACAAAGAGACUUUUCAGCACCGGGAGCGCACAGACCGUCACACUGGCCUGAUAGGCCUGACCUGCAGGACCCUGUCCCUCAAGGAUUCACUUGGCACACACCCACGCUAUUCACACUACAUAUUUUGUUUCACAUCACAUCUGAGCACACACUCACGCUAUUCACUCUACAUGUUUUUUUUUCACAUCAGAUUUGGGCACAUAAUGUCAAAGGACUCCUGGGGUCUGACGCGGUGUUAGGGGGCUUUGAAUGUUGGACCGGGUCCCAGUAUGUUUGUGCUGUUUCCUGUUCUGAGCGCUCUGCUCCUCAGCUCUGCCUGCCACUCAGCUCUGCCUGCCCCUCUGGAUUUUAAAUGUUCUACACACAUUCAACCCCCUUUUUCUUUUAGAUGUACCACAUACCCCCAUCUCGGGGGGGGGGGGGGGGUUUGGCUGUUAAGAAGUUGUGCGUGGCACUCGUGCCUUCCACCCUGUCGGGGGGCUUAUUCAUGCUGUAGGGCCAAUGUACGCCCAUACCAUGGUAACGGUGGGGAGGUGGGUUUUCCACUUAGCUGCAUGGUGUCGCUCCUGAGGCUGGGUCUCCCGGGUUGGAUAGCUGCUGCAUGAAUGCUCCCCUUUCAUGGCCCCUGGCUGCUCUCUGGGUUUCGUCAUUAUCUUGUCGGAUGCUGCUAUUGCCCCCCUUCCUGUUCCAACAAAUCAGGGAUUUUCUCUCUUGCUGGACUGGGAUUGGCCGCAUUAUGGGCCCCGCGGGUUGUGGGUGAGGGGUGAGCCGUCUCGUCGACAUACAGGGCUGCUCUCGGGUGGACCCCUGAUCCCGAUUUCUAUUCUCGAUUGAUUUGGUGAAGUCCAUCGCCUCCGUGUUGCGGACACAGCAAUUAUACUUCACUUUUUUUUUUUUUUUGCAUUCACAAUGGUUUAAAUUAAUGUACGUGUCCUAAGGAGCACACACCCCUAGGAUUCCGUCACUGGGUGUGGGACUACUCACUCAUUGUAAUAAAGAAUUCAUGUGUCCAUGAAGAGUGUAUGUAUCACCCCACUUAAGUUUUCGUUCUAUCGACCUCUGUAAUUUGUCAGUCCCACCGCAUUCCAGUUAAAUAGCUGGGUUCAUGAUUCUUGUCUUUCAUUCUGCUUCUCCUGUCUGUGUCCUGUUCUUCCUUCACAGGGUGUAGCGCUACAACCUCAAGAAACAUCACUUUUUUUUCUUUGUUGUAAAUAGGGAAUGAUUUAAUUUUCUCAUUCUCUGCACUGUUGGUGUAUUGUUUUUGUCUUUUUGUCACUCAUCCCUUGAGAAGUAUUGUUUGUUCAACUGAUUGACUCUGAUCCUCAAUAAAACUUUUAAUUAAAAUA